AAUUCUAGAGUGUAUUUGCCUUGUUUUCCCUUUUGACUUCAUCUGAAAACACUUCCUUAAACAAUGUCAACAUCUUCCUCCUCGAUAUGGUUCACGGUGACUAGGCAAGAGCCGAGACUGGUGGUACCCGCGGAACCAACACCGCGUGAACUAAAACAACUCUCAGACAUAGACGACCAAGAGGGUCUCCGGUUUCAGCUUCCGGCAAUAAUGUUUUACAAGAGCAAUCCUUUAAUGGAAGGAGAAGACCCUGUGCGUGUCAUCAGGGAAGGCCUAGCCAAAGCACUUUCGUUCUACUACCCAUUUGCCGGGAGGCUUGUUGAAGGGCCAAACCGGAAACUUCUGGUGGAUUGCACGAGCGAGGGGGUUUUGUUUGUAGAGGCCGAUGCAGAAGUUGAGCUCAACCGACUUGGUGACGCGAUUCUUCCAGGGAGUCCGGUGUUGGAGGAGCUUCUUCAUGAUGUUCCUGGCUCUGAUGGAAUCCUAGGCUGCCCUCUCUUGUUGCUUCAGGUGACUCGAUUUAGGUGCGGUGGAUUCGCCAUUGCCCUGCGCUUGAACCACACAAUGAGUGAUGCAACUGGUUUGGUCCAAUUCCUAAGUGCAAUCGCCGAGUUUGCCCAAGGGAAAGAAGUCACUGCACCUUCUGUGUCACCUGUGUGGCAAAGGGAGCUCCUAUCUGCAAGACAUCCUCCCCGAAUUACAUGCCUUCACCAUGAAUACGAACAAGUGCUCGACACCAACAAAAAUGAUGCCAACUCAACCCCGAUCCAAAAACCUUUCUUCUUUGGUCCCAAGGAGAUCAGAGCUAUUCGAAACCAUCUCCCCCCGCAUGCAAGCGCCUCCACAUUCGAGGUCUUGACCGCGUGCUUGUGGAGGUGUCGCACUCGUGCACUCGCACUAGACCCUAACAACACCGUUAGAGUUUCGUGCAUUGUCAAUGGUCGCAGCUUGCCUGGCCUGAAUAUGCCUCGCGGGUACUACGGCAAUGUCAUUACCUAUCCUGCAGCAGUUUCGAAGGCUGGAAAGGUAUCUUCCUUUCCACUGGAAUACACAGUGGAGUUGGUAAAAAUGACAAAGCCCCAAAUGACCGCUGAGUAUUUUAGAUCGGUGGCGGAUCUUAUGGUGAUUAAAGAGCGGCCUUUGUACACCGUGGCGGGAAACUUUAUUGUUUCUGAUUUAAGACGUCUUGCAUUGGACAGAGUGGAUUUUGGGUGGGGGAAAAUGGUGUAUGGCGGCACCUGCGGGGCGUUGCCUGUGCUAAGCUUCUAUAUGAAUUUCAAAGAUGGGAUUGUGGUUCCAAUAUGCUUGCCAGAACCAGUCAUGGAAAGGUUUGAGGAGGAGUUGAAGAAAAUGACUAAAGAGCCAUUCGAUGGUUCAGUUGAUCACAAGCCCCCUAAGAUCACAUCCAUGCUCUAAACUGAGAAGAGUGAAGCAAAUCUGCAACAAUGACUACUCAACCUACCAUUUUCAGGUACACUACAUGGACACAGUCUUGGAGGUUGUGAAGUGCAUGCAGACAUCACAGACUAAAGUUAUUUUCUGAAGAACUUGUCUUUCCUUUGUAAAUCAAACUAUAUUGUACUAUUUUCUCUAAUUUGGAAUGCUGUAUCAGUUGACAAAAUUGUGAGAUUUAGAAACUGUAUGUUGUAAUUUGGGGUACCGUAUGUACUAUUGUGAGGAUUUGUAUUUAAAAUGGUAUUUUUAUUUAUGUUAAAAA